AAAAUAAUAAUCUCAGUUCCAUUUUCAGAAAAUAUGUCUUCUUCAGUAGUGCAGUUUGCUGCUUCACAAAACAACAGUAGUGAUGAUGGAAAUGAACGGCUAGAUUCUGAUCACAAUCAUCAUCCUACGGCUCACAAUGUCUCUCUCCAUUCUCAAACUUUUCUUCAAGCUGCCAUAACUCUCAAAGAUCAGGUAGUAGAGAUGACAUGGAAAGGAAACGGAAGGAGUACCGGUGGCGUCACAGAUCCGACGAUGUAUACAGGUUUGCUAGGGACAGCGUUUACCUGUUUGAGGUCGUACGAGGCCACCGGUGAUCGGAAAGACUUGGAGGUGUGCUUGGAGAUAGUUGAUGCGUGUGCCGACCUUGCACGCACCGUCACGAGGCAUGUGACUUUUCUGUGUGGAAGAGGAGGGGUAUACUCUCUUGGUGCUGUUGCUGCCAACUAUUGUGGGGACCAACACAAACGAGACUUGUAUUUAAACCAUUUCCUUGAGGUAGCACAAGAGAGAGCCCUUCCUGUUGGACCUGAAGAUGGAGGUUUUGGAAUGUCAUAUGACCUCCUUUAUGGACGAGCUGGCUUCUUGUGGGCAGCAUUGUUUAUCAGGAAGUACUUGGGAGUGGAGACAGUAGCAGAUGAUUAUCUUAUGCCUGUGGUUGAAGCAAUAUUAGCAGGAGGGAGAGCAGGGGCAUCUGAUAAUCCCGCCUGCCCUCUGAUGUAUAGAUGGCACGGGACAAGGUAUUGGGGCGCAGCUCAUGGCCUUGCUGGUGUUCUGCACGUGUUACUUCAUUUUCCGCUCUCUCAAGAAGAUACUGAAGAUGUUAAGGAAACUUUAAGGUACAUGAUGAGCAACAGGUUUCCCCGCAGUGGUAAUUAUCCUGUAAGUGAAGGGAAUCCAAGAGACAAGCUGGUCCAAUGGUCCCAUGGUGCCACAGGCAUUACCAUUACUAUGUGCAAAGUAUCUGAGGUACUGUCAGAUGAUAGGGAGUUUCGUGAUGCUGCAAUAGAAGGUGGAGAGGUAGUGUGGAAAAGUGGGUUGGUCGAGAAAGUGGGACUUGCAGAUGGUGCAUCUGGAAAUGCUUACGCCUUCCUCUCCCUGUAUCGGCUAACUGGCGAGAGUAUAUACGAAGAAAGAGCAAAAGCUUUUGCAAGCUGCUUGUAUCAAAAUGCAAGAACGAUCAUGAACGAAAGGCAUCAUAAUGAAGUAGAUCAUUCCUACUCCCUUUUCCAAGGAUUAGGUGGCAUUGCUUGUUUCUUGUUCGACUUACUUGCACCAAAUAAUUCCAGGUUCCCAGGCUAUGAACUUUGAACUGAGAGUUUAAAGGGUUUGGCUUUCAUAAGGGAAAAAAAGGCAAAGUAGUAGUUUCAAAAGGGCAACUUUAUAUAAGGUCAAUCAGAAGGGUGGAAAGUGGAGUAUUCUCUUGCUUCCUGGUGUAAGCAAAAUACUAGUAAGCAAUGCAAACACGAAUCUUGUAUAUAUUUGAUGGUUAUGUACCACUUUUUUAAGAUAUGAUAUUUCUUCUUUAUGACUGCUCCCA